AUGUCUUCUGCAAAUCGGCCAACAUUCAAUCCAGCUAAAGCAACAGAAACUCAAGGAGGAUUCAAACGAUAUGUUCCUUCUCAUACACAAUCCAUGUAUUUACUACCUGCACACACUGUGCUAAAAACUAGGCAAAUCGGACAAAAUAGUAUUGACGAAGUCAAGCAAAAAGAUUUAAAAAAGGAAUUAGAGAAUCGGGAGAAAGAAUCGAAGAAAAAGAAUACACUACAGUCAUUAAAACAAGAUCAAGAAGAAGAGACUAAAGAUAAAAUUCUAUCGAUACAAGAACAAAAGAAGGAAAAGGAGGAUUUAAAUUCCGAGGAGGAAAAUGAAACAAAUCAUAAAAAACAAAAAUCUAAAUAUGAUGAUGAAGAUGAAGACCUGGAUUCGUCAUCAUCAGAUGAUGAAAGUGACGAUUCUGACAAUUCUGAUGACGAAGAGUUAAUGAAGGAAUUGGCAAGAAUCAAAAAAGAAAAUGCAGAGAAGGACAGGAAGGAACUUCAGCAAAGGGCUUUGACUAGCAAUCCACUAUUGCAACCAAUUAAUGUCCAGCAGCAAGAUGAAGAGUCCUUUACCGUAAAAAGAAAGUGGACAGAUAGUACAGUGUUUAAAAAUCAAGCAAGAGAGGACAAACAACAAAAGAAAAAGAGAUUUAUCAAUGACACCACCAGAAACGAUUAUCACAAAGAAUUUAUGAACGAAUUUAUGAAAUAA